GCGCGAACGGGUGCGCCCCGGAAGCAGUUCUUUGGCCCUGUGACACGUAGCAACGGAGUCCGUUCAGGGUCUUAAGCGUUAUUAAGGGGUUUUGGGGGGUUGCUGGACCUGCUGACGCCGUUACCGCCGCUUCCCCGUUUGAUUAUUUGCAAUGGCAGGGUUUGAUAACUUAAAUACGGAUUUCUACCAGACAAGUUACAGCAUCGAUGACCAGUCACAGCCGUCCUAUGACUAUGGAGGAAGUGGAGGACCCUAUAGCAAACAGUAUGCUAGCUAUGACUACUCGCAGCAAGGCCGAUUUGUCCCUCCAGACAUGAUGCAGCCACAACAGCCAUACACCGGGCAGAUUUUUCAGCCUACUCAGGCAUAUACUCCAGCGACACCUCAGCCGUUCUAUGGAAACAACUUUGAGGAUGAGCCACCUUUAUUAGAAGAAUUAGGUAUCAAUUUUGACCACAUCUGGCAAAAAACACUAACAGUGUUACAUCCAUUAAAAGUAGCAGACGGUAGCAUCAUGAAUGAGACUGAUUUGGCAGGACCGAUGGUUUUUUGCCUUGCUUUUGGAGCCACAUUGUUACUGGCUGGCAAAAUCCAAUUUGGCUAUGUAUAUGGGAUCAGUGCAAUUGGAUGUCUAGGAAUGUUUUGUUUACUAAACUUAAUGAGUAUGACAGGUGUUUCAUUUGGGUGUGUGGCAAGUGUCCUUGGAUAUUGUCUUCUUCCCAUGAUCCUACUUUCCAGCUUUGCGGUGAUAUUUUCUUUGCAAGGAAUGGUAGGAAUCAUUCUCACUGCUGGAAUUAUUGGAUGGUGUAGUUUUUCUGCAUCCAAAAUUUUUAUUUCUGCAUUAGCCAUGGAAGGACAGCAACUUCUGGUAGCAUAUCCUUGUGCUUUGUUAUAUGGAGUUUUUGCCCUGAUUUCUGUUUUUUGAACUGAAUUUAUCUGGCAUGUGGACAUCAUUGGGCCAAAAAGGACUUGAACUCUUAAAUUGGACCAGCGAACUGCUACAGUGCAACUCUCAUGCAGACCUAACAUUUGACUGUUGGAGCAAUGGAAGUAAAUAUGUAUCUUUUGUUCAUUUUUAUAGAACUUUUGAAUACUAUGUUGGAUUUAUCUGCAGUAUGACUAGCUUUAAGUAUUUGUGCUUAUACAGAUAAGAUUAAGAAGUGCUGUUUCUCUCCUGUUCCUGCAACCUUUGAAAAACAAAUUUUUUUCCUUGCAAAUUAUAUUAAGAUGUUUUUAAUAGAUUUUUAUCAACUGUGGGAAACUAACCACGUAACUAAUAAUCUUUCUUAGAAACAACCCAGUCAUAGUUAAGAAGACACGAGACGUAUUGCAGAAAUAUUUUUCCAAGGGAUUAGGAAGGAAAUAUUGCUUAUAUUCUCAAGUUAGAUGCACUUAGAGCAAAAAAGUGAUCCCAAAGUAGAAUUUUAUAAGUUUGCACUUCCAAAAUUUGACAUUCCUUUAAAUUAUCUCAUGGAGUUUUUGCUAAAAUUCAAAGAGACAAGAAGUUCAUAGUCUACUUUAUUGUAGACAGGAAAUGUGAACACCUAUUAAGAUAAGCAUUAACUAAAUUGUAGUGACCCAGACUGGCUACAUUUAUGUUCAUAGUUGGAUCUUCAUAUUUCCUAGAAAAUCACUAGCCUUUUUUGAAAAAAAUAUUUAAAAUGUCACAAUUUCAGUACUGCAGUUACCAAUGUAAAAUGCAUUUGAUGCUUAGUAAUUAAAAUUUGCCCAAUUUUAA